GACUGUUGGAGCUCCACAAUCGUCUUCCCGAGCAGCAUUAUAGUUCGGAAAAUGCAGCGGAUAGGAGCAAUUUCCAAACCAAUGUGUGUCUAUUCUCCAAUUCCUCCCUUACAGAAUUCCAAUCCCACAAAGAAAUUUCCAACAAAAUUUCCAAACCCAUUUUCUCAGUUGCACAAAUUUUCUCAUUUCUCUGUCCAGAAGAGCAAAACAACUCAAACCCAUUUCACUUUGAAAGUUUCUUCUUCAGUUGGAGGUACAGAAACUAUGGAGGAACCUGCGACCAAAGUUAAAUUUCAGACAUCUUUAAGUUUGCCUGGUUGCUCAAGUUCAUUGUCUUUGCUUGGAACAGGAUACAGGGAGAAAGUAUUUGCCAUUCUUGGUGUUAAGGUCUAUGCUGCGGGACUAUAUGUCAAUCCAUCCAUUAUAAGUGAAUUGAACAAAUGGAAAGGACGGUCAGCAGCUGAUAUUCAACAAAAUUUGUCCUUCUUUAAGUCUAUGUUUGAGGCUCCGUUUGAGAAAUCAUUACAGAUUGUCCUGGUGAGAGAUGUGGAUGGUAAAACAUUCUGGGAUGCUCUGGAUGAUGCCAUAUCCCCAAGAAUUAGAGCACCCACCCCUGUUGAUGAAUCUGCUCUGUCAACAUUCCGUAGAAUAUUCCAAGGACGAUCUCUUAAUAAAGGAACUUUUAUCUUUCUAACUUGGCUGGAACCUUCCAAAAUGCUUAUCUGUGUCUCAAAUGAGCUACCAUCUGGCAUAGAUGCUAUGGUUGAGUCAACCGAUGUCACUCUUGCACUCUUUGAUGUGUUUUUCGGAAAUGCUCCAGUCUCUCCUUCUUUGAAAGCCUCCGUUGCCAAUGAGCUGGCAGAAAUACUCAAGUAAAUAUCAUAAGUUAUUUUCUUUACAUCUGUUUCUGUAAUGUGGCUAAGUUGAUUUGUUCACUGCUUCAUUGCUUAAGAUAUGCUGAAAAUCUUCAAUCUGUGAAUGUACUCAUAAGCCUUCUUUGCAUACCUUAAAUACUUCUGCAUGCACAUAUCAUUUUCAAUAUUAACUAUUUACACACCAUUGGGGAAGGAUUUACUGCACCUGCUUUUGUUCUUUUGUUUUAUGUUAUACCAUUCCAUACCUUACUAUGGAUUCAUUUUCAGUGUAUUCAUGAUGCCAAAUAAUGUAUGGCCUCUCAUAGUUAUUCUUGAAGGACAAAAAGUCUUGGUAAUCUAGUCCAACAUCAAAAGAUUCCUAGAUACUUGGUGCAACAAGUAGUAUACUGGUAUCUAGGGUGAUGAGCUUAGCCAGUAAAUAUAAUCUUCUCAUGUUGCUUAUAGUUUCUUUUUUGCUUGCCAGGUAUUUCCCUUGUGUUAGGGUAGGCAUUAGUUCUUUGG